CAAUUUGUGUGAUAGUGAAUUUUUGUCAUAGUUUCAAAUGCAAAUUUUGAUUAAUCAUUUUAUCAGUAUAUUAAGAAAAGUAUACAUGCUAGCAAUUGUGCUCGACGGUCAUAAUAUUAGUCUAUCUGAAAUGAAAUAAGAUUAGUGUACAUUUUGAUUCACGAUUUAUUACUUACAUUUUUUUGUCUGCAAGAUUUUAAUAAUGUCCGAGCCAAAUAACCCAUUUGCUGGUUUGCUGGGAGUCUCAGAGACGAAGGCAACAAGUAAUAAUACAAAUUAUGUGAACUCUGACGCAUCUCUACAAGAGAACCCCAAGAAAUCACAAGAGGAUGAGGAUGCUGAAAUAAUUAACAACAUUGUUGAAAAUGUUUUUCACUUCACGAUAAACUCAAAUGCACUAAAGGGACCUCAAAACAACAGACAAUUGAUAUUCUUAGAAGAACUAGCUGAAGCGAUGAAACCUCGCAUUCACAUAGAUUUGGAGGCAUUGGAACAGGCACUAUUUGAAAGACUACUUUUGCCUGACAUUGAACUGUGUGUUAUACCCAAAAAUAAUAAAGUAUUUCAAGAACAUGUGGUUCAGAAGCAGGUGUUUUCGUAUUUGUUUAGCUCUAUUCAGACCCUUCAGUGUUAUGAGAACCAUAGUUCUAAUGUUGUGAAAAAUGGGGUGCAAAAGAUGCGUGAGCUAAUUUUCAGAAAUGCUGUAACAGCUCUUAAGCAACCAGCCCUGUUUGAGGGACAAGACUUCACUACGCAACUUGUAGAGUUAUUGAAACAUGUUGAUCCUCAAAGUCAUGCAUUCUUUAUUGACAUUGUAAAGGCCUUUGUUUUUGAUGGUGAACAUGGGGUUCAGGAACAGUUGCGAGACACAAUGGUGCCAGUUCUACAAAUGCUACAUGCUGAAGUAAACAAGUCCAAUAUAAUCAACCUUCCUAUCUACAUCCUGCCAUCUAUAAAUAUUUUUGCCAGUCAUCCAAACCUGUCACAAAUUUUAAUGGAAACAUGUGAACCAAAAAAUAAAACUAAUGGAAGGUUUUACCAAGACUCGGUAAUAGGGGCACUUCUGAGCCUAUCAGUUCUACCACGAACAUCAUCCUCCUUCCAUCAGUUCUUUGAUAACCCAAUGGAUCAGUCUGCAAUAUCAUUGAUGGAGACAUCUAUUUGGAAUGCGUCUUCACAUCUCACUAACAAUCUGCACAAGAUAUUCCUGACGCUGCUCAAGGGGGGUCCGCAGAUGAGGAACCGCUUAUUGUCAUGGAUUGGAAACUGUUUAAAGAUGAAUGUUGCUAAAGGCAAGCUGUGGAAUGUUCAGGCUGGUGAAGUGAGUGCAGCAACACUGAGCUGUGUCUCGGAUGGCUUCAUGUUGAACCUCGGAGCAGUACUUCUCCAGCUGUGCCAGCCAUUCUGCACCACUGCUGAUGACCCCAAAUCACUCAAAAUUGACCCCACUUAUGGUGCUGUACCUCCUGAAGAAUGUGAAGCCAAAUCAGUACAUCUAGAUUGCCUACACAGCGAGACGAGUCUGCUGCCAUCUAGGGAAGACGAAAACAACCAGUCGUUGAAGAGGCCCACAGCUGAAACCUACAAUUUUGUUACUGAGUGCUUUUUUAUGACGCAGAAAUGUAUUGAUUUGGGAGUCCGAGUGUGCGCAGAGAAGCUGUACCGCUGCGGGCAGGAUCUGGGGCGCGCGCAGCGAGCGCUGGCCGACGUGGGCGGCGCGCACCACCUGCUCGAGCCCAUGCGGCAGAGGACACACCAUCUCAUGACCAAAUUCGUGAGCCUUCGUUGCGCGCUACUGGAGAGUGAAAUGCUGAGCAAUCUAAACCGACUGCAAGCGACCACUUGCACUUGGCUGGUGCAAGUAGCCAUCCGGCCCGAUCCCGCCACGCCACAGGCAAACUACGCGCCUACAACUAUUGUACCUGUGGAGAUGCCUAUCCGAACACCGCCGCCUGAUACCUUACGGUGCAUCCCAGAAUUUGUGCUGGAGAACAUAGUGGUGCUAAUAACAAUGGCGCGGCGCACAGUGGGCGCCAUCACAGAGGAAGCGGACAUAGCGGGGCUAUUACAGCCCGCGCUCACGCUCGUGCUCACGUUCAUGGGCGACUCCGGGCGCACCUACAACCCUCAUCUGAGGGCCCGUCUGGCAGAAUGCCUGGAGGCGAUGUUGCCAAACCACCCCGACGAUCAGCAGCCAUUAAACAGUCUCGCGUCCUUCUACCGUGAGCAGUUGUUUAAGGAACACCCACACAGGUUACAGUUGGUGCCCUGUCUACUGGACGUGUUCGUGGGCAUCGAGAUGACGGGCCAGAGCGUCGCGUUCGAGCAGAAGUUCAACUACCGCCGCCCCAUGUACCUUGUGAUGGACUUCCUGUGGACCAUGGAGGAACAUAGACAUGUAUUCACUCGACUGGCCAAAGAGGCUGAAGCCAACAUGGAAGCGGUCCACCCGCCCAUAUUCCUGCGGUUCGUGAACCUGCUCAUUAACGACGCUAUCUACUUGCUGGACGAGGCACUCGGUAACAUGGCGCAGAUUCGGACCAUGCAAACUGCACAAGAAUCAGGCGCCUGGGCUAACCUAACUCCGCACGAGCGCGAGCAGAACUUCGGGAACCUCUCCCACAUCGGCAUGUUGGCUCGCUUCGACAACAUACUCGGCCGCGACACCAUCCGCACCCUAGUGCGGCUGACCGCUCACGCCCCCUAUGUGUUCUGCCACCCCACGCUGGUCGAGCGGAUCGCAUCUAUGCUCAACUAUUUCCUGUUACAUUUGGUUGGGCCUAAUAAGAAGAAUUUAAAGGUAAAAGACAUGAAAGAGUUCGAGUUCGACCCCGCGACAACGGUGCUGGACAUCUGCCGCAUGUACGUGGAGCUGGGCAGCAGCCAGCGGUUCUGCGCCGCGGUGUCGGACGACGGCCGCUCCUACUCGCCGCAGCUGUUCACGCUCGCCGAGGCCGUGCUGGUCCGUAUCGGCGGCGGUUCCUUAAUCGGAUCUCUGCAAGAAGUGGCCCAGCGCGUAGCCACCCUGGCUGAACAGAGACAACGCGACGAGGAAAUCCUCGCCAACGCGCCCGAGGAGUUCCUCGACCCGAUCAUGAGCACGCUCAUGCUCGACCCCGUCACGUUGCCGUCCUCGCGCACCACCAUAGACCGCACCACCAUCGCCAGACACUUGCUAAGUGACCAGUCGGAUCCCUUCAACCGAUCGCCGCUAUCCAUGGAUCAAGUGAAAUCUAACGUUGAACUAAAAGAGAAAAUCCACGCGUGGAUCGCCGAACAGAGGCAGAAAAUUGCUCAACCCCGGACCAGCGACACAUAGAUUUUUACAAUUUUGUAUGUUAGUUGUUAGUCGACAUACUAAACGUGCUAGUAUCGUCA